AAAAUAUAUUUCUUUUGUACCCCUUGCUGUAAGACAAUGAAAAGUAUGACAUAGUCAUAAUAGACACAAUGCUUGACAAUUGAAGACAUCAUAAGUGCUAAAAACAUGUUAUGUAAAACAGUAAAAAACAAAGCCAAACCCCUUGGUGUCUAGUCAAUUCCCAUGUGUGUCAGAAUUCAGUGACUGAUUUUUGGAAGUAGAUCAUCAGGCCUGACGAUGAGUAAGAAAGGAUGACGAAAGAAAUAAUGAGCUUAGUGUAUGUUGAGAGAGGUCACUAAAGCAUCUGGCCUAACUGGAGCUUGUUGGUAAACAAUGGGAAACAGAGGUUUCUGUUUAGACGUCAUUUCCUCCAGGAAGCCUUCCUUGGUGCCUAAGACUGGGUAGGGUAUAUCUUCUAUAUACUCCUAUAUAGCAUGGUCUCUACCUCUGUGCCUGUACUUCCCUUGGUAGUAUAAUUCCCGUAUAAUCUACAGUCUCCCUUGUUCUACUAAAGCCCUUAAAUACAGGGCUGCCUCUCGAUGAUGGAAACCCUAGUGGCUUAGCAGUUAAAAGCUAUGGCGGCUAACCAAAAGGUCGGCAGUUCAAUCCACCAGGUGCUCCUUGGAAACUAUGGGGCAGUUCUACACUGUCCUGUAGGGUGGCUUUGAGUUGGAAUCGACUUGAUGGCAAUGAGUUUGGUUUUUUUUUUUUAAUUGAUAAUUUUAUCUCCAGCACCUAGGGGAAAAAAAAAAAAACCUGCUGCCUUCGGUCGAUUCCAACUGUUAGUGACUCUAUAGGACAGAGUAGAAAUGCCCUUUCCAAGGAGUCGCUUCUGGAUUGGAACGGUGGAUGUUUUGGUUAGCAGCCGUAGCUCUCAACCACUGGACCACCAAGGGCCCCAGCAAAUUCCUGGUGAAUAGUAGGCACUCAAUAAAUACAUAAUGAUAAUAAGUAAGUUAAUCCUGGGUUAUAUUACGCUUUGAGGUUUAGGCUAAAUUCAUAUGAAAAGAAAACUGAAAAAGAAAAUAAAAUAUCACAUUCAUUAAUGAAAUUCUGUGGUAAAUUCCAUACAGUACAACCCUAUUCAGAAAUAAAGCUUAGACCAUUACCAAUCUUUAUGUGAAAAUACAGUCAUCUAAAUGGGAAUUGGGAAAUCUAAAGUACUUCCUCCUUUAUUAUUAGAAUAAAUUUUCUUCCUAAUGUUUCUCCUUAAAACUGGGAAAUAAAAUUGGAAAACUGUUGGUCUAAUAAAAUGCCAGUUUUUGUAUAGACCAAGCCACUGACCUUUUUAUGUUCGUGAAAUUUGAUUCAUUAGUGGAGUUAGCAAGGUUCUGUCCUUUUCUCACCUCAUUCAGUUAUGUAAUUAGCCAAUAAAAGCUUUGUAGCUUUUAAGGAAGUUUUAGGAUCAUAAAUUGAUUUAUUGGCACCAUAUGGUUACAUCAAAGGAUCUCUUUUUGUUUUUUAAACUUAAAUGAAUGCUUAAGUCCUUUCCUUAAAACUAGAAAUUCAUGUUCUUCUUACUAAGCAAUAAUAUCUGAAAUAGUGAUUUUUUAAAAAAUACCAAGCUAUCAAAAUUGGACAAGCCAUGUCAAAGGAUAUUAUAGAUAUUAAAAAAAACUAAUCAAUGAUAAGCAAGACCAAAAUUGCAGGCUUCGUAUCCUGAAUCCAGUGCUCUUUUCACUAAACUAAAUCGAAGCUGUUAACAGGAUAUGAAGUUAUUUACUAUGUGUUGUUCUGCCUUUGUUGAUUCACGUAAGUAUUCUUGUGUCACAGCUAAUUUUUUAAAGUGACCUGAACGGUAUGUUAGGAGAUGUCUUUUUAUGGGUAUAUGAUAUAUUGAUUGCAAUAUCAGAUUGAAGUCUAUAAAAAGAUUACAUUAUAAAACAUAUGAGUAGGGACCAAAUUUCACACCACGAAAAUUUCAAAUUUUACUCUGUUAAAAAUAAGCAAAACUGAAGUACACGUGUGGAACAGAAUUCUCAGAUUCUUAGAAAUUCCAAAUUUACUAGACCAAUUGAGACUGGAGGAACCCACGAAUCUAUUGGUCUGAGGUACUCUUUAACCUUUAAUCCAAACUAUCCCUGAAGCCAUCUUUAAACUAAGUAACAGUUUAGUUCAAUUAGUAAAGAACAUAUGCCUUGAGUAAUGCCCUCUUUUUAAAGAGUAUAUGAGACCAAAUUGAUAACAGUAACUCUAAAGCAUAGAUGAGAUUAGGGAGCAGUGAGUCUUAGUUAAUGGUGGUGAAGCAAUUUGAGUAGCGGUAGCGAGAUUGUGGACACAAUGUGAAGAAUGUAGCCUGUGCCACUGAACUGUCUGUGUAGAAAUUGUUGAAUGGGUACGUUUUGCUGUGUAUAAUUUUACCAAAAAUAAAUAUUUUUAAAAAGACUACAGAAUACAUAGUUUGGGGUAAGUUUUAUAUGUGUCAUAUUUAAAAUUUUUAUUUUAUGCUGAGCUAUUCUCAAAUCAUCUCAUCAGUUUGAUUAUGACCUCAUGCAAGAACCAUCUGUUCUGUCCUUCAGCAUGUUGCUAUAUUUGAAUAUUUUAAAAGCUGUUGCAUUCUGCCCCUUUUUGGAACUUUGUAUGCUUUUUCAGGCUUACAAUUGCUAUUUAAUGUCACUUCAGAGGAAGGAAUGCUUACAAACACAACAACAAGUGAUGGAAAACAGUAUUCACCAGAAUGGGAGUGAAUGACCUGUGGCAAAUUUUGGAGCCUGUUAAAGAACACACCCACGUACAUAGUCUUAGUGGGAAAACCAUUGCAGUUGAUCUGAGUCUCUGGGUGUGUGAGGCACAGACAGUCAAAAAAAUGAUUGGAACAGUCAUGAAACCUCACCUCAGGAAUUUGUUUUUUCGAAUUUCAUUUUUAACACUAAUGGAUGUAAAACUGGUAUUUGUUAUGGAAGGGGAACCCCCAAAGCUGAAAGCUGAUGUCAUAAGCAAGAGGAAUCAGAUUCGAUAUGGGCCUUCUGGAAAAACAUGGUCUCAGAAAACAGGGAGAUCACAUUUUAAAUCAGUCUUAAGAGAGUGCCUUGAUAUGCUAGAAUGCUUAGGCAUUCCAUGGGUUCAAGCUGCUGGGGAAGCUGAGGCCAUGUGUGCUUAUCUCAAUGCUAAUGGUUAUGUAGAUGGCUGCCUCACCAAUGAUGGAGAUGCUUUCCUUUAUGGGGCACAGACCGUUUACAGGAAUUUCACUAUGAAUACAAAGGACCCACAUGUUGACUGUUACACAAUGUCAUCUAUCAAGAGUAAACUAGGCUUGGAUAGAGAUGCUCUGGUUGGUGUAGCAAUACUGCUUGGCUGUGAUUAUCUUCCAAAGGGAGUCCCUGGAGUUGGAAAAGAGCAAGCAUUAAAACUUAUACAGACUUUGAGAGGGCAAAGUUUACUGCAGAGGUUUAAUCAGUGGAAUGAAAAAUCUUGCUACUCUGAUACACAAAUACAAGUUGUUAAAAAACUGGCUCAUUGCUCUGUGUGUUCCCAUCCAGGUUCACCUAAGGAUCAUGAACGUAAUGGAUGCAAAUUAUGUAAGAGUGAUAGAUAUUGUGAACCUCACGAUUAUGAAUACUGCUGUCCAUGUGAGUGGCACCGUAUGGAACGUGAUAGACAACUAAACGCAGUAGAGAACAAUAUUAAGAAAAAAGCUUGCAGUUGUGAGGGAUUCCCAUUCCACGAGGUUAUUCAAGAAUUUCUUUUGAACAAAAAUAAAUUGCUGAAGGUAAUCAGGUACCAAAGACCUGAUUUACUAUUAUUUCAGAGAUUUACCUUUGAAAAAAUGGAGUGGCCCAAUCACUAUGCAUGUGAGAAAUUAUUGGUGCUUUUGACCCACUAUGACAUGAUGGAAAGAAAACUUGGUAGAAGAAGCUGUAACCAACUACAGCCCAUUCGAAUUGUUAAGACCCGAAUCAGAAAUGGAGUUCACUGCUUUGAAAUAGAAUGGGAGAAGCCCGACCACUAUGCUACAGAAGAUAAAGAGCAUGAAGAACUGAUUCUACAAACAAUAGAAGAAGAAUCAUUGUUUGAAGCAGCCUAUCCUGAGAUUGUUGCUAUUUACCAAAAACAAAAGUUAGAAAUUAAAGGAAAAAAGCAGAAAAGUAUGAAAAUUCAGCCUAAAGAAAACGAUUUGACAGAAUCAGAUGAUAUAAUAAGUUUUCAAUCACACAUCAGUUUCAAACCUACGUGUGAAACCUUUCCUAAGCAAAGUUCUAAAUUAUGUUUGGAAAUUUCCCCAGAUUCCAAACUACCGCAGGAAUCUAUUUCUCAGUCACUGAAUAGCUUGCUUCUACCAGAAGAUGCUUCUUGUUUGGAUAUACAGGAUGAGUUAAUGUCUUCUCCAAGACCUUUGGCUGUACAUCAAAUUAAAACUAUCAACAAGUUUCUAACUUCAGAAUCUAGUCAACCCGAUGCCUUAUCCCAUAAUGUAUCUGUGAUUGCUGAUCUACACUUGAGCACCAUUGAUUGGGAAAGUACUUCUUUUAGUAAUUCUCCAGCUAUUCAAAAGAACAUUGUCUCUCACAGUUUAAAAUCAGAGCUUGAAACGCCUAUCCCCAAUAGCGUUGAAAAUAUCUCAGAACAAUCAUCAUGUGAAUCAGAAUGGUAUACCACUAACAUUAAUCAAGUAUCAGAUGGGGGUCUUCAAAAGACUAGUCGUGAAGAGCAUCUACUUUCUGACAUUAAUGAUUUACAACUUCAAGAUUUGCCUUUAAAGGAACGAAUACGUAUAAAAUCAUAUCCGCGGGAUAUUGACCUGAAAACUUUAUCCUUGAAAGAACUUAGCAUUGCUAACAGCAGCUUUGCUUGUCCAUCACAUCUUUCAAAGAAUCUUUCAACAAUUCAUUCACAAAAUAAAUCCAAAAACUCUGACGCUUUGAAAGGAGACCAGGUGCUUCGAGAAAGCUAUAAAAUAAACACUGCUUUAAAUCAUGGUAGAGAAAUUGAUGUCCAUACUGCUCAGAAAAUUGUAAUGAAGAAGAGUGUUUGCCUUGACAGCCAUUCCUCCGAUGAAGAAAGUGCCCCAGUGUUUGGGAAAGCUAAAUAUACAACUCAAAAAAUGAGGCAGUAUUCUCAGAAGCAUAUCCCAGCCCAAUUCAAGAGAAGUGACAUUAGCAAACUGAGUAGCCAUAAAACACGAAUUAAAGAAACUGAACAGUGUGUCCAGGCUUAUAAAAUAGCUGGAAAUGAAGAAAACUGUUCCCUAGAUCCAGCACAAAGUUCUCUGAGUUUUCUGCAAUGUCAUAAGGAAAAGGAAGACCCUGACACUUGUUUGGAUAGUCCUCUUCCUUUAUGUCAGAGAUUAAAACUAAGGUUCCAAAGCACUUGAAAUGAAAUUAAAAAUAUUUAAAUAUAACUUAUAAUUCUGUUCUCUGCAUUAGCAGAGGCAGAACAGUGUCUGACGUUUGGUAGAAAAAUUAAUGUGGUUCUAUAUUUCAUGAAACACCCUGGCCAUCUUAAAAUUGUAAUUAAAAAAAAAAAAAAAAAAUUGUUACCUGAAACUUCAGUUUUAAAAUGUGAUGCUGUCUGGUGAAAACUUUAGGCAAUAUAUUUUUAUCACUCACUUUUGCCAUUUUUUAAUAUCUUAAUUGAUACUUUCAAUUUGAAGGUAACUUUGAUGUGCUCCACCAGUUUGGUAUACUUAUCAUUUGUGAGAGUCAAAAAUAAAAAGACAAGAUGUAAAAA